AUGGCUGAUGACAUAAAAAAGCGUAAACGAUUAUCAGGUUCGCAAUAUUUAAAGAAAAGACUAGCACGGGAGAAAGAUUUAGUUAAACAAAAAGGUAGUUUACUGAAAUUUUGUCAACAAAAUAGUCAAGCAAAUGUUAUUAAUGAUAAUGAUACUGAUGACAGUGAAGAAAAUAGUGGAAAUAAAAAUAUUGAAGAUCUAAGUAUGGGCGAAGUUGACAAUAAAAAAAAAGAACAUGACAAUGAAAGUAAAGAAGAGAUUAAUAUAACUGAAAAGAAUAGUGCCAAUUUAAAUAUUAAAGAUAUACAUGAUAUAAGCAGCAGAAAAGCUGAUUUUGACUCUGAAAAUGAAAACAAGAAAGAGAUUGCUAUAAGUAUUAUAAGUGAAGAAAAUAUUGAAAAUAAAAAAUCUUGUAAUUAUGAUGAAAAGUACACCAAUUUUAAGUCUCUUGAUUUUGAUGACCCUAAUAAAUGGCCCUCUAUCGAUGAUAAAUUAAGACUUUAUUUAAUAGAGUGUGGACCUCGUCAAAUAAAUAUGGAAACAUUUCCUAUUAACACUAGUGGUAGAUCAUUUUCAUCUUUUCACUAUUUUCGACGUUUACCUAAUGGUGAAUGUAUUAAACGUUCUUGGAUAAUUUAUUCUAAAUCAAGUGAUUCUGUGUUUUGUUUUUGCUGCAAAUUGUUUAAUAUUGGAGUAGUAUCUCUUACAACCAAUGGUAAUAAUGAUUGGAAAAAUAUAUCAAAUAUAUUGAACAGACACGAGACGUCAAAUUCUCAUAAAAAGGCAUAUCAAAAUUGGAAAGAAUUAGAAACAAGGUGUAAACGUGGAAAAACUAUCAAUAAUAUCAAUGAAGCUAAUUUAAAAAUUGAGACAGAACAUUGGAAAAAUGUACUUAAGCGAAUUAUAGAAUUGAUAAAAACACUUAGCAGUCAAAAUUUGGCUUUUCGGGGAAAAUCAGAUAAACUUAAUACUUCCAAUAAUGGUAACUUCUUAAAAUUUAUUGAAUUUUUAAGUAAAUUUGAUCCAGUAAUGAAAGAACACAUAAGAAGAAUAUCAUCUCAAGAAAUUCAUUGUCAUUACUUAGGAAAAGACAUCCAAAAUGAAAUAAUUCAAUUAUUGACGAAUAAAAUAAGAUCUCGCAUCAUAACUGCAUUAAAAAAUGCAAAAUAUUAUUCAAUCAUUUUAGACUGUACACCAGAUAUAAAUCAUACAGAACAAAUGACUGUCAUAGUUAGAUUCGUCUCAACUACUGAAAACGAAACCACAAGUAAAAUAGAACACGUUUCUAUAAAUGAACACUUUAUCGGUUUUAUAGAAUUAUACAAUACUACUGGCUUAAAUAUGACUGAAGUUAUUCUUCAAAAACUGAGAGAAUUAGAUAUUUCAUUAGAUGACAUGAGACUAUGA